AUGGGUGAUUACGCAGCAGCUCUAAAGGCUCUUCAAAGUGCUUUUCAAAUUCAACAACAAACAUUUCAAGAAGAUAAUCCAGCUUUUGCUUCAACAUAUAAUUGGUUCGGAAGAGUUUAUCGCAAUCUAAAAACGUUACCUGAAAAACAUCCCUAUCAGGGUAUUACUUACAGUAAUAUUGGUGAUGUUCAUCGACUAAUGGGUAAUUAUGAAAAGGCACUUGCAUUUCAGCAAAAAGCAUUAAAUAUUCAAGAAAAUCUUCAAUUUAAUCCUCUGGAAUGUGCAAUGACAUAUAUAAAUUUAGGUGAAACUUAUCGUGAAAAGAGUGAUUAUUCAACAGCAUUGACAUAUUUCGAAAAAGGAUUAGAAAUACGUGAGAAGAAAUUACCAAAAAAUCAUCCUGAUUUAGCUGUAGUUUUUCAUAAUAUGGCAAAAUUAUAUUUAUCUACCCGACAAUAUAAUAUAGCAAUGAAAAAUAUUCAACAAGCAGUUGAAAUAGCUAAAGAAAAAUUACCUACAACUCAUCCUCAUCUUUUGGAAUAUAAAGAAACAUAUGAAAAAAUUCGAAAGAAAAUGUAA